UCUUAAUCAGCUGUAGGAUGAAGAAAAAUAUGCAUAAUAAUUCCAACAUUAGACAUUAAGAUGCGGUCUUAUAGAUUAAGACAUUUUUGCUGUUUGAGAUUAUUUUAUCCAAUAUCCACUAGCUCAAAAGCGUUGAAUUCGUAUAUAAAGUGUCCCCCAAUAAUUUUUUAUUUUUUUUUCUCCAUAUUGGCUAGUAACAUUAGUGUCCUCCUGGAUCCUUCAAUGAAUGGAUUUUGGUAAUGGCAUUGACAAAAACCCAGAAAAAAUUUCCGGUAGUUGUUAUCAGGGGAAGAAAUUAUUCAUUCUGGGCUUUUAUAUAUCAUCAUCAUUUUGGCCUUCCCAAUUCAUACACACCAAACUCUUAUCUAGUUUGACAAUUUCUUCUAAGGCUUUAUCUUCUUCCCAUUAGGUUUAUUUCAGUGUUCUUCAUCUAUAAAAAAAAGUGUAAACUAUCACUUUUUAGCAGAAGGCUCAAAGUAGCUGAAAUCCAAAUGCAAUUUUUGAUUUUCAAACAACCCUUUUCGUUUUUACCAUAGAUAUUGCAUCUUCUUGAGUAAAACUUUUGUACUAGUUCUAAAAUUAUGAGCAAUUCAGCAGAGCCAAGGAUGAGAGCCAUGUUCAUUUUGGCCUAUGAUAGAGGCUAGCUGAUUCUAUUCCCCUCUUGUUUCUUUCACAAAAUUGACCCUUUUAAAUCUUGUAGUCUUUCUCUUGUGUUUCCUUUUUCUGUGUUUUAGUUACAUAAGAUUUUUUGUUAUAUGGAGGAUUCAAUGAAGGCAACUACUGGGAGAAAGAACUCUAUGAUCAAGAAAUUCUUGCAAUCUCUUAGAGGUGGCGGUUUAAAAUCUCCAGAAAUGGUUUGCAAUAGUACUUUACCAAAGAGCAAAUCAUGGCACUCUUCAACUGCUGCCAAUAAGAUGAUGAUUUCCAGAACCAACAAGCAGAAAUCAACAAUGAAGACCCCAAAUGGGUGUUUCUGUGUAUAUGUUGGGGAAGAGAAGCAGAAAUUUGUGAUCAAAACAGAGUGCGCAAAUCAUCCCCUGUUCAGGAUGCUGCUUGAAGAUGCUGAAUUGGAAUAUGGGUUCAACAGUGAUUCCCCAAUCUUAAUCCCAUGUGAUGUUGAUCUUUUCUACAAGGUUCUGGCUGAGAUGGAUACUAAGAAAGAUGAUGAUGAUUAUGGAUGUGGUUCUUGCAGUCCCUUUAAUAAUCCAAUUAGGCGUUUGGGAAGAAAUACUGAUAUGGGAAAACAGGGAUAUGGUUCCUAUGGAGUUCUUACUCCAUCUCGUUUGUUGAAAUUGAACCAUUUCUGAAACUCUGUUUUUCCAAGUGUAAGUGAUGAUUAUAGUUAAUUUAGCUAGUGUAUGGUACCAAGUUAUUAGUUUAGGAAAUAAUCAUGCAUGUAUAAACUUUUGAAAUAUUCAAUGAUGUUCUCUCU